GUUUUACAGUUCAGUCUCCCGUGCCUUCUCGCGCAGUAGGAUGGCUAGUCAAGUUCCCAAGCGCGGUGCACUGACAAUCAGGCAGUGCUUCUCAAUAUCCGAAUUCUUGCAAAAGUGUGGAAUUCUCUGCUCUUCUUCAGCCUCACAGCCUCGAACAAAGCUCUCAGGCUGUUGUACAAUUCUGACGCCCAGACUGUGCAUGGGCGAUGCACCAUAUACAUGCUGUAGUUCUCUCCUUUGGUACUGCAGUGUUUCGUAACCUCCAACAUACAUCUUAUUCUCAAGUGUUAGCUUGAAUUCAUCCCGUUGGCCCGUCGUCGACGUGUCACCUUCGAGCCUUCAAGCUCAUCAGAAUCAGACCCUGAUUCAGACUUUCCUUCAGCGUCAUCGCAAAUGACUUCCCCAACUCCUUUAAUUGAGAAUUCCAGUACCGAGCCCUUGAAAGGGAGAAAACGCAAGCGCAAGUCACUAGGCAAUGAUGAUGACAACAAGACGAAGAGUUCAAAGCGUUCACGAUCGAAAAAGCAGGAUGAGGAGCCAGAACAUACCCAGGAAUCGGGAGAGAUACGCCUCAGUGGAGUGCAACAAGUCAUCAUUACUGGCAUUCGCGCAACUGAUCUUACCCUUGGUCUCCGACGAAUCCCCGCUGGUUUCCAUACAGUGGUCAAGACUGAUGGCGCCGAAUACCAGACAAGCAAUAAAUCUGUAGACGUGGACCAGGCUGUCCUCGAAUGGCACGAGCGCAUUCGCCUGCCGUGCGAGCCAUCUUCUAAAGUUCAGGUCAGUGUGUAUGCUUCAUUUGAGUUGGGUCCUAUGCUCUGUCACGGAGAACUCCUCCGCACAUUCGAGAUCUCCGUCGGAGAAUUACUGGAUCGCAGCGAAAAAUCGCAUUCCAUAAUAUUUCAGCCAAAGCAGGAGGAGGUCGUAUCUGCUUGUACUUCACUGUUCAUAACAGUGGAACAGCAAAUUUCUGAUCAAGAUGACGUCGCAGUUCUUUCCCCACUGAUUAACCCUACAUCCCGGGAUAUGGAUGAGUUAGCAUCAAGUACAGAUGCCGGACAUCAUCUUCUCGCACGAUACCGCAGGACGCAGAACAGCAGCGAUCUCGACCAAUCCGAAACCCACUUUCAAAGGGCCUCAGAUCUCUACCCCACGGACCAUCCCUGCCGCCCUGCAGCACUGUUCAAUCUAGCCACCGCAAAAUUUGUUAGUUGCCAAGCUGGCGGAAGAUACAUCGACCUUGACAUCGUUAUUACUCUUUUUCAAGAUGCCCUUGACUUGCGUCCCGUUGAUCACCCGGACCGAACCGCCACUCAACUCCAUCUUGCCAUUGCUCUGCUCUCGCGCUUCACGAAACGAGGAUCUCAAACCGAUGGUGAUGCAGCUACAGAGCUGCUGAGCGAAGUCCUCGAUGUCUGCUACGCCAGCAGCCACAUCUAUAGAGCAGCUUUGAUCGCGAUCCAAUCAUGCGCUCUGCAUUUGGCUGGAAAUGUAAAUGAUCUUCAGGAGAGACCUGCCACAUCCAUGCCUCCGUUAUCGCUGAAUCAACUUGCUGCUCGAGCAGAGUGGUGUUUGCGUAACGACGAGCCCCGUACCUUAGAUGAAGUGAUAUCCCUUCUUUAUGAUGCUCUGAGAUACUAUAAUACCGGGCAUGCUUACCGAGGCGCAUUGCUCGGUAAUCUCGCUCUAAUGCUGGGAACUCGCUUUAAGCGCCGAAGCAAUUGCAAAGACUUGGAUCAGGCUAUCGCACUUCACAGGGAAGUGCUGGAUUUGUGCCCGGUCGGUCACACAGAUCGGUCUGGGUCAUUGAACAACCUCGCGACGCAACUCUCCUCCCGCUUUGACCACCGAGGCAACGACGAAGACUUGGAUGAGGCUAUCGCACUUCACAGGGAAGCGCUAGCUUUGCGCCCGGUCACACAUAUCGAUCUCGGUCAUUAAACAACCUCGCGAAUGGACUAUCCACCCGCUUUAAACAUCAACACAAUAGAGAAGACCUCGACGAAUCACGAGAAAACCUACGCUGUGCAUUGACUAGUGAUGUGCACGGCUCGGCUUGAGGCCCUAGGCCGGCCCAAGCCGGGCCCAAAUAAGCCGAGCCCAGCCUAGGCCUAAGUCACGGCCUGAGAAAGGCUUGGGCCUGGGCUUGAAUUUCGAAAAGCCUGAGCCGGCGGCCUAAGCCGUGGCUUAGGCAUGUUCAGUGGCACUGCCAUAGAAGCC